AUGAAUCGGGAAGACUUAGUGACAGCACUCUUGGCCGCAACCAAGACUUUGGAGGAAAGGGAUGAUGAGACUGGGAUGCCAUCGUUGAGUUCAUCCACUGACUCAUACACCACCCCUUCUGUCUCUGUUCCUCCAAACAAUAACAAUCCAUUCAUCAUAAGACAACACAAUCCAUCAGGAACCGUUUUCAUUGCUGUGGGAGCUAUAGUUGGAGCUAUAUUACUUGGGUUUAUUUUCUAUCAUUUGAUAUUGUCCUUGACUGCCUCGAGAGUGGCCAAAAAGACGAGCACAAAUGACAGAAUAUUGUAUGAAAAGUACGAAAGCAAUAACAAUAAUGCGUACGGAUAUUCGAAUAUGACGCCAACAUCAACGCUCAAUAACUUUGAAUAUAAAAGUCAUCAUCAUGGAUCUUCUAUAUCGAAGCUACCGUUAUUGAACCGAUCAUUCGGCAACUUAGCUGGAGGCUCACAAGCUGGGGAUAAUUCAACUAUAUACCAGUCCGAUGUGGCAGUUCCAGCUGCAAAGCACGAUUUAACCAAGAUGUUUAUUUCACCAACUGCAGAAGUUAUGCAACACAAGAGAAACAAAUCGUACAAUCCAUCGUUGACAAAUUUGCCAUUUGGUGGCUCAGCCUCGAAUUUGGCAAGCCCUUCACCUGCUACUAAUAGACAUUCUCAAUUGGUUCCAAGCUUAUACAUAAACAACGAGAUUAACAACAGCGACUACUCGAUCGCUCAGCACAAUGCUUCAAAUCAACAGUCGUUGCAUGAAGAUAGCCAGAACCACCCACAACUCAGUGAACAACAACAACAGAGUUCGACAACUCGAACCCCAAGAAAGACCAUUCCAUCUAUGUAUCUUGAGGAUUUGAUUGAUUGA